AUGGCGUCGCACGUCGUCGUCAUCGCCACGGAUCUGAGGCGCACAACCGUCAAAGUCAACCCCGGCACAUACCUAUCAGACGUUCUCCAGGAAGCUUGCAAGAAGCUCAGCCUGGACAGCGACAAGUUCCUGCUAAAACACAAGCAGAAACAAGUCGACCUCUCUGUGCCCUUCCGAACCUCGGGCCUCAUCGCCGGCGCCAAGCUCGAGCUUGUGCUAAAGUCAAAGACUCCCUCCGCUGUGCAAAUCGCCCUGCAAAUCCCCCAACCCGAAGCCAAAGAAAUCCCCGGCGGCCGAUUAAUCAAAAAGUUCCCCUCCGACUUGUCAAUAUGGCAGGUGAUGCGACAGUUUGAGAGCGGCGAGGCGAGCGCGGGCAAGAACAUCAACAUCACCGCCAGGGGCGUGGCCCAGACAGUCGCCACCAACAACUCGGGCGCCGGCCAGCUGUACUACGAAACACCGGUUUUGAACAUCAUGGGGAGGGAGCUCGGGUCGUUUGCCGACUUCCAGAAGACGCUGUCGCAGUUGGGCCACAACUCUGGCAAUGUCCUGAUACGGCUGACGUUUAGGAGGACUGAACAGACGCUGUACGAGGCGAUGGAGCAGAUUGGAGUCUUUUUCAAGGAGGAGGCGAAGAAGAAGGAAGAGGAAAAGGAGAGCGCGGCAUCAGGCGCUCCAGAGGAUACACCAAAGAGCUCAUCUGCGGAUCAAGAUGUGCCCAUGGCUGAAGCUCCAGCAGAGCCCGUGAGGAAUACGGCUGAAGCCCGAGAAGCAGAUCAUGCAGCUCCUCAAGCCACACAGGACUCAUCCUCACUACAACCCGACGCACAUCAGACAUUGCCCGAAGUUAACAGUUCGGAUCCCCAGUCACGCCUCCAACCAGUCAAUGUAUUUCUCGCCCCUACGAAUUCGACCCCUGCCGCUGCUCUCGUCCCAGCUGAAGACAGCGAUUUCACACCGAGCGUCGCUCAUGCCCAGCUGCAUCAAGCGCGCCUGCUAGAAAGCUCUCGCAACAAGCGGCUCCUAUCCGACAGAGAAAUCGAGGAAAAAGAGGCCGCCGAGCAAGCCAAGAUCGACGCCGUCAAGUCCGUGCUCAUCAAGGUGCGGUUCCCAGACAAUACCAGCAGCGACUGGGAAAUUGGUCCGUCAGACACGGGUGCCUUCUUGUAUCAAGCCGUGCGGCACGUCAUGGCCAGCAAUGAGCAUUCCUUCCAUCUCGUCAUUCCCGGCAGCAAGACGGUGAUUAAGGACGACGACACCCCCAAGCACAAUCUAAUCCGGGCGUAUAAGCUCUCGGGCAGGGUGCUUGUCAGUCUAGUGUGGAAUGAUGGUGUGCCGGCUGACGUUCGAAAACGGCCCUUUCUCAAGUCCAACUUUGCCCAGCAGGGCCAGACAAUCAAGGUGCCUGAGAUACCGACGGCUGAGGAUGAUAAAGAUGGACCAUCGGUGGCACCCAAGGCUCAGCAGGCGCCGACGAAUAGAGACGGGGGAGAGGGUUCUGGGAAGAAGAUGCCAAAGUGGUUCAAGCUUGGAAAGAAAUGA